CCCUCAAUACAAUACUGGUGUAUUAUGAAAUACAACUUUAUGUAAAAGUCAUAUGUUUUAAGCUUAUGCCUUUAACAGCGGAAGCGUUGAUGUUAUUCGCUGGUGAUGAACUGUGGAGCAGACAGUUGAGUAGGACAGAGAAGUAUGGAGUCCAUGGUGUUUUGGCCACCAUAGGGAUUUUAUGCCUAAUCGUAGGGAAUCUACCUGGAAUUUAUUACAUAAAACCAGGAUUUCCCUUGUAUACAGUGCAUGGAAUAACAGGUCUGGUAUCGAUGGUAAUUCUGACCCUGUCUAUAUUUUUGGGUCUGUCGGUGAAUUACUCUCAAGAAAUGAAAAACUUUUGUUCUCUGAAGCCAGUUUGCUACAAACUUAUUCACAAUAUGACAGGAUUGACAGGUUAUGCUGUAGGAAUUGCCAGUUUAUGUUACGCUUACUUCACAGAUUGGUUUAUUUUGUAUAAUGGAGACAUAUCCAGGAUGACGGCACUCAUAGUAACCAUACUAGCUUCAUUGUGGUCUGUAAAUAAAGCAUUGGUGUCAUUGUAUGGUCAAAUAAAGUCUGUGAUUUUUUAA